CUGAGCGCAUCGGACAUCAGUAUGUGAUCUAUGAGCGAAUCGUUUCCAGCUGGAGUGGAGCAAAGCUCAAAACUGGUUCGAUUGGAAGAGGAUUCUAAAUGUGCGCGUGGAAGUGUUGGCUGUAAUUGAAAUUACAGUCAAGCUGCUCGAUUACGCGGAAAAUGAGCAGGACCGAUGGGACUGUGUUGCCAAGCAGCUCUGUAGUGGCGGGCUUUGGAUAGUGCAUGUGCUGCCUGAAUCGCUUGGAGCUCAAAAAGACGGUCUCACAAAGACUGGUUCACUCAUUGAUACACGGGACUUUGUUCUUUCUUUGACUUCGGUUUAAUCGCUUGUCCAGUCCUACCCAAGGGAACUAUUUUAUUUCAAUUCAUGCAAUUUUAAACAGUCGGACGCAUUUGAAAGGAAAGAGGAUACCUACUAAUACGCUGUUCUGGAUUUCAUGAGGACACAAUGUUACUCUGAUAUGCGUUCAAAAUUUAUUUUUAAACAGAAAUGAAUAUUUACCUCAGGAAAUAUAAUCUGCGGACAAUGGUUUAUCGGAACGGUCAAUAUAUUUGUUAUAUGUGUCGUCUAAUUUGAUUAGGGAAUUUUUUGCGUUAAGGGUGUUAUUUAUUUUUUUAUCAAAUCCUUACUUUGCGGUGCUUUAGAAAAAAAGUCGCAUAAAAAUACGUUUAUUGGACCUAAUCCUAAAGACAGAACUAUCUUUUAUAGUUAAUUCAGUUUUUGCUUAUCUGUUACCACUACUAUUAUUAUUAUUACUAUUAUUAUUAUAUUACUUUUUAAAAUCAAAGCAAAACAUAUGAAACAAAUUGUUAACUUAGACCGUUAUUAACUAGACCGCUUUUGAAGUGCAUUUUAUUUUAUGUUAAUUUAUAAUGGGCUUCUUAACAAUUAAUUAUUAGUUACUGGGUUUUCAACACAAUCAUUAUUUUAAUUGAUGGCGAUUUUACAUUAUUUGAUUUUUUCCAUGUAUUAUAUUACUUGAGUUUGCCAAAGUAAGAAGAAGAAAAAAAAAAUAAAAACGGCAGAGACUGCUGUGUGGAGCCAGUCAAGCGCUGUCAUGCAGGAUUGAUCGUGGGAAGUAUGUUUGGGCUGGAACAAUUUGGUCCACAGAUUAAUAACAGAAAUUCUGGCCACACUGAGAAAAACUUUAACCAGCCAAGAGUAAGCAUGAGCUCCCAUUACAAGAGCCCAGGUUUUCAUGCUGGAGGCCCUCAAGGGACAGUUGAGCCUGGUAUGGGCCCACUUAACGAGCCUCCUGUGAUUGAGAUGAACAUGAACAUGAAUGGAGGAGAACAGUAUGGUGGAUUUCAGCGAGGACACUCAGAAUUGCAUGCAGGAAAUCUCCAGCAGCAACAGCAGGCCUCAAUGCAUGGAUAUUUUAAUGCUCAACCUCAUAAUCUCCCCCAUGGACAUCAAGCACAAUCACAUCAACACCAUCAACACUUUGGGGGAAAUUUUGGGGGACCUGAACCUGGGUCCUCCUGCUUACAUGGUGGUAGGAUGAUAGGAUACACCAGUGGUAUGGGAUUCACAGAGGGUUUUGACCCUCUCUCUGAGGGACAGCCAGCAGAUGGUUUCUCUCAGCAGCAGUCCCAGCAGCAACAAAGGCCAGGCUCCAUGCCUGAUUUUCAGCACCAUGGACCCUCCAGUGGAAAUCACCCUGUCCCUGCCCCAUGUCUCCCCUUGGACCAAUCACCUAAUCGCGCUGCUUCCUUCCAUGGCCUUGCUUCAUCAUCCUCCUCAUCAGAAAAUCACAAUCUGGAGCCCAGGCGAAUGCCCCCACCAGGUGGUGUUGAAGGUCUGGACUACAACUAUUCUAAUAAGCCGUCCUCUGGAAAUUUUGAAGUGUCUGUGUUCUCCCCCUCUAAUUCAGACUCUCAGCUUUCCCAUUUUGGGGGGCAGGUGCCUGGUCCCAGUUUUUCUGGAAACCCUGGCUUGUCUCGUGCUCCUGGAAUGCAGAGCAUUGCUAAAGGACACCCCCAUGCCCCCCAUCACCAGCAGCCUUCCACCCAGCACAGUGUGUUCUUUGAACGUUUUGGGGGUGGAUGCAAAAUGCCAGUGGGCAUAGAGCCCAGUGCCAGGCAUCCUCACAUGCACCAGCAGCCCAGCUUGAUUGGCCGACAGAACAUUUGCUCUGCAUCUCUCCCAAGACCUCCACAAUUAGAGACAGGGUCCAGCAAUACCAGUAUGCAGGAGGGCGGCGUCAUAAUGCCUAGCCAGCAUAAUCAGUUUGAAUACCCUAUUCACAGACCAGAGAACAGAGGGAUGCAUAGCUAUGUCGACCCCAUGUUCAAUAUGCAGCAGCAGCCUCCUCCUCCUCAGCAGCCUUCCAAUCAAAGGCUGCAACACUUUGAUUCUCCUUAUUUAAAUAUAGCUAAGAGGCCCAGAUUUGAUUUCCCCAAUACCGCACACAGCGGGGAGGGCUGUGGCAAUUGGAACGGUAGCAUGCAUAACCCACCUGGUAUGGAGAAUCACCUCUCUCCAUCAGCUUACCCUGGCCUGCCUGGAGAGUUCACCCCCCCUGUGACAGAUAGCUUUACACCAGGCCCAUCGCUGCAGCAUGCAGGGCCUGAGCAGCAGUCAGUGCAGCAGCAGCAAAAUGCAGCAUUGAUGAUCAAGCAAAUAGCCUCACGAAGUCAGCAGCAGAGGAUGAGACAACCCAAUCUGCAGCAGCUGGGUCACCACAGUGAUGUUCCUCAAGGGCCCCUAGAACAUGGCGGCCCUGUGGGAGGCAUGCCCCAAUCAAGUUUGGAAAGAGAGAACGGUGGGAGGAUGAUGAACUUUGAUGGAAGGAACCUGCACAUGACUUUGGAGAGUGGGUGGUUUCCUGGGUCACAUCCACCCGGGGAAAUGCUGGGCCAUCGCUUGGGUCCAGGUGGAGAGGUGGGGGCUCAUGAAAUGCAGCAAAAUGGUCCUGGCAUAAUGUUUAGACACGGUGUGAAUGGAAUGAGCUUGCAGGACUCUAUGAGGAUACCGGGGGAGGGGCAUGUGCAGCCGUUACAUUCACCUAACAUCCACUCACAGUUCAACAGUGGUAUGGGGAACCUCUCACAGAUGCAGUCACCCAGCACAGGUGUGGGAUUGCCCAGUACACCAUCAGAAAGGCGCCCCAAUGACUUUUCUGGGCCACCGAUGGGUGGUCCACCCUCUUUUUCCUAUGGAGGUUCUAAUCGACAGGGAGCCCCUCAUAACAACUCUCAAGGGGUGAGCACCUCACCAGGGAGUUUUACAUCACAGUCAGACUUUCCCACUAGCCAGCGUUCAUCAGUCAGCAAACUUGGAGGACUCUCCUUAGGGAAUUUUAGCAAAACGAGUGGUAAGGACAAUGUUUUUGGACAGAGCUGCCUGGCAGCCCUCUCUACUGCCUGUCAGAACAUGAUUGCCAGCCUGGGGGCUCCUAACCUCAAUGUGACAUUUAACAAGAAGACUCAGGGGGAAGGGCAACGAAAGCUGAGUCAGACAGAGCAGGAAAUUAAUAAUGGCUCAGUUAAUGGCACUGGUAAUGCUGGAACCGAAUAUUUUCCAAACAUUUCUGCCCCCCAAAGUGGGCAGAUGCCUGGUGCUGGAAAUAGCAACCUUAAACCAGCAGGUCAAAAUCAGUUGGUUCAGGGGGAAGCCAGCACCCUCUCCCCAAAUUACAAUAUGGACGCUACGCCUUGCAGUGAGGGGAAAGCGACAGCAGGGAGUGGGAGAGGGAGAGGGAGGAGAAAAAGAGACAGUGGCCAUGUGAGCCCUGGCAUUUUUUUCCCCUCUGACAACAAUAACCCUGUUGUAAGUCCUGGCCAGCAGGUGGCCCCAGCAGCUGGCAUCAAGGAGAGAAGUUCAGGCACACCUCAAGACAAGCCCCACAACUCUCCCUCAUGGGGAAAGGGGGGCGAUCUGAUACUGGGAGAUCAGGCCGACCUUUUAUCAUCUCUUGACAGUGGCAUCCUGAGUGUAUCAAAGUCUGAUGGCUGUUCACCUCGCAUGGACUUUACUGAGGACAUUGGUACACAUUACUGCAAUGAGGAUGAGGUGUCAAGCUCAGACGCUCCAGCCUCUGUGAAGGCUGGCUGCAGCCCUCUGUUAGGCUCGCCCAAGUUGCAAAGGGACAAUGGACUAAUAUGUGGGCAGAAAGGGCAAGGCUUGGGCCUUUCCAAUCACACUACCUCAACUUCGGAUGGCUUUGGUGUAGUAGGCCAUCCGGGCACACCGGGCAUAGAGCAAGUCUGCACACCCUCCAGUACGUCUGGCCAGGAUGAAAUUCACCCUCUAGAGAUUCUGCAAGCUCAGAUCCAGCUUCAGCGGCAGCAAUUCAGCAUUUCAGAGGACCAGCCUUUAGCUGUAAAAAACAACAAAAAAGGUAGUGACUGCAGUGGGCAGAACGAAGAUGGAGAGCUUGCUAGCUGUAGCCCAGAUGCUGAGAAGGGUUCUGUGGGCACAAUUGACCUGGACACACUCAUGGCUGAGCAGCAUGCCACCUGGUAUGUGCCCAGUGACAAGUCUCUGCUUGAAGAUUCAGAGGAGGAGAAGUCUGUGGCUGUGUGGGGGAAAAACAAAGCGCAGGGAACCAUCAAAGAAGAUGUGGAUCUCUCUCCGAGCAAGACCACGGGUGGAGCAGGUUCCUCGGGGACCACCGGAGGAACGGGUUCUCAUCUCCAAUGCCUCUCCGUCCACUGCACAGAUGAACUUGGGGAAUCUAAGGGAUGCAGUGGGCCUGUCCCAUCCUGGCGUUCCAUUCACUCAGACAUUUCGAACCGUUUCGGAACGUUCGUAGCUGCGUUGACUUGAAGAAGCAGAACUUGAGAAAUCUACCAGUAUGAGGAUAAUGAAACAAGACUUAUAAUUUUUUAUAUGGAGACAGAAUAAAUCAGUGUUUCUUUGUCAGGAAAAUUGUUCUCUUUUUGUAUAAAACACACACACACACACACACACACACACACACACACACACACA